CUCUCUCCCUGACCCUGCCGUAUGCUCCUCCCCGUCAAUUCGGUUAGUCGCCAGGUGCAUCGCCUCACUGAGAUAUCACCAUGAAUAUUCCUUUUCAAGACUGUCCAUAUUUUGUUCUGUUAAAGGGCUUUGUUAGAAAAUCUGAUUUAACUGAGUAUUAUUCUGCUCUAAAUUGCGGCCCCUUCUGGUUGUGAGUGGAUCCAAGAGUUCACAUGAUGCAGUAUCUUUUUGAAAGAUGAUACAUUAUCUUCAUAAAAGAAAGGAAGUUGGAGGAGUUAUUAUUGAAGAGGGAUUCAGUGGUAUGUGCUUCUCAAGAGCUAAACUGGAACAAGAAGUGCAUGACUCUCAUGCCUACACUAACUAAUCAGACUUCCCGAAGGAGAAGAAGGAGGUGCGGAAAGAGGAUGGGAGCAACAAAUCUGAAUCAAAGAGGGUGAGAAUUACUUAUCGAUGACUCGGGCAUCAACUCUUGAUUUUCGGCGGAAGACACAGGGUCAGAACAACUGGUCUGGGCCGUUGCGCCUAGUAAAUGUCAUCAGAAAUAAAUUCCCUACCUACAAGAAUGGUACGAAUGGGAUAGUCAUCAAAUUUGCUGAUGAGCCAGAAACGCCAUGACUUAAGGAGUCUGUUGCCAAAGAGACAGCAGAUCUGCUUGAUCGGCGUCAGCGUCUUUCAGUCCGCGAGCUCGCAAUGAAAUUUGAGAAGGGCCUCAGUACUGCCACAUUAUUAUCUAAUGAGGUUAAAUGUAAACAAGUGGCUUUAUUGGAGCGAGACAUCCUUCUGAAGAAUCUAAAGAGUGUAUUGGAGUCACUGAGAGGACAAGUAGCUGGCAAAUAUAAGGAUGAAUUUGAGGAAUCAGUAUCUAUGGUGGAUAUUUUAGCAGUUCAGCUGUCCAAAAGAGAAAAUGAGUUGCUUCAGCAGAAAACCGAGGUCACGAGAAUAGCGACUUCACUGAAACUGGCUUCUGAAGAUGCUAGGAGAAUUGUUGACGAAGAACGAACUAAUGCACGCAUGGAGAUUGAAAAUGCUAGAGCUGCUGUACAAAGAGUUCAAAAAGUACUUCAAGAGAAAGAGAACAGUUCACAAAGAAUUGGAAAGCAGGUCGACAUCGACUGAGUACGAGCGGCCGUAGGUCACAAGGGGGCGUGGAACUGCUGCAGCCCAUCUGUGACAGAGCAGACUCCUGCGAAUUUGCCCAGCUAGGUACAUCCUCUACAUGGUAGCAACUUGAAGAAAAUUCUUCCUUUUUGCUUCCAUGACCUGAUAUCCUCCUCGCUGAUGUAUCGAGGAGCCGUGACCCGGCCUCACAGGAAGGGCCAGGGCGAAGACGUAUCCCCGACGGCCAAGACACGGCCACGGUGGUGAUUUUUGAUGGUGAGACAGAGCAGACUCGAGCGACUUUGCCCAGCCAGGAGCACAUAAAAGAUAAUCAGCGUUUAUUCGCUAGCUGGAAUUAAAGGCAACGGCGAGAGAGCAAGAUCAAGGACAACUUCAAAAUUUAAGAAUAUAUGCAAGAAAUGGACGUGAAGCAACAUUUAUAACCAAUCUCCGGACAGUAUUAUACCUGAUUCCGUCGAGUAGACGUUAUCAACAAUUUCAGCUACGGGUAUGAUGCUCGCAUUGUGUUCUGCAUCACUUCUCCCGCUUGUAAGACCUGGAAGACAUUAUGCAUACUGUCAUAUAUUCAGGUCUCGCAACUAAACGAAAACAUGGUAGGUUGCAUCAUACCUGUAGUUACGUCAUCUUCAGGUUGAUGUUCGCCAACCGUGCUUUUUGAAUUCCCCAUAUGCAACUAUUGAAUGGCAAAAAUCAUGAAGACAGAAAUGGUAGUUAUUUGAUGACAUUCUGGAAGGGUUAUUGUUCUACAUAUAUACUGCAACCUGUUGCUAGCAUAUACUGCAAUUGUAUUUUAUUCUACAUAAAUACUGCAAUGGCACUUUCAUCUA